UCUCCUUGAAGAUUCGCCUUCAAUGGCUUUCAAUGACACACUGAGAAUUCUUCUUCCCUUCUUGUUCUUGACUCAGUGUCUCCAGAACUUUGUUCGAGGAGAGCCCCAAGUUCCCUGCUACUUCAUCUUCGGAGACUCGCUUGUCGACAGUGGCAACAACAACCAGCUUAACACCCAAGCCAAGGCAAAUUACCUGCCUUAUGGGGUGGACUUUCCUGAGGGCUUUACUGGGCGGUUCACCAAUAAUCGCACCAUCACUGAUAUCAUAGGCCAACUUUUGGGUUUUGAAGAUUUCAUACCGCCUUUUGCAAAUAAAAUGGAAGAUAUAAUAAGAGGAGUGAAUUAUGCAUCAGCUGUGUCGGGGAUUCGGGAUGAAACCGGGAAGCAACAGGGUGAUAGAAUACCCUUGAAUGAGCAGUUAAGGAACCACCUCAUCACAGUAUUACGAAUCACUAAGAUAAUGAAGAGUGCAUCUGCAGCGAGACAGUACCUCCAAAAAUGCAUAUACGUUGUUAUAACUGGAAACAAUGACUACAUUAAUAACUACUUCGUGCCGGAUAUCUAUCCAACCAGCAGAUUAUACACUCCUCAACAGUUUGCAGACGGGCUUGCCAGGCAGUACUCCAACCAACUCAAGGAUCUAUAUUUCUCUGGAGCAAGAAAGGUGGCCAUAUUUGGUGUUGGGCUGAUAGGGCUAACACCAGAAAUUAUCGGAAGAUUUGGGGCUAACUACUCAAUGGUGAACGAUGCAGCUCAACUAUUCAGCAACAAGCUGCUUCCCCUUGUCAAUGACUUGAACAGCCAUUUAACCGGUGCCAAGUUCACUUACAUAAACACCACUGGAAUCACGGUUACAAGCAACGAUUCAUUAUCUCUCUUGAAUACGCAGGAUACAUGCUGCCCAGUGGUGCAGGAUCUCGGCACAUGCGUCCCUGGUAGCACUCCUUGCACUGACAGAACACAGUAUGCAUACUUUGAUGGUUUCCAUCCUACAGAUGUGGUGAAUGAAGGCUUCGCAGGAAGAGCAUACAAUGAGAAGUUACCAUCAGAUGCUUCGCCGUAUGACAUUAGUCGACUUGCGCGGCUCUAAAGAAUGAUUCAGAGCUACUUCAAAGUGUUAUACAUAUACGAGAAUAAGCCCCAAAAUAAGGAAGCCACUCUAUGUCAAUAAGAAUAAGUGCAUCAUGUGAGACCAGAAUAAGGUAUAUGGUUUGCAUUAUCGUAUCUGUUGAGCGUGUUCCA